UAGCAGGCAGCGUCGGAUCGCGGAUGAACGAGGCGGGAAUUAUCAAGCGCAGAGACGACAACCAGGCCGCGACCGAUCUUCCAUUCGUAGACGCGAACGCUUUCAAUUUACCCAUCAAGCUAUGCAUUGCAAAUAUGUCUGGGUCUGGAAGGAUGCGGACUUGUGAUGCGCAUUUCACAACACAGACAAAUCUCUCAUGCAUAGGCAGCAAAAGGUGCCCAAUUCCUGUCAGUAAAAUGGGGGAUUUGUCAUGCGGAUUAAGCAAUGCGGAAGCUUCUUGAAGUCUGUGAUGGUAGGGCUUCCAUGACAAACAUUUUGUGUCGUGCAAAAACAGCAUGACAAAAAUCUGCAUUCUUCCAGACCGAGACAUUUUUGCAUUGGAUACAAGCGCAGAGACGCGAAUCACGCGGCGGCGACCGAUCUUCCAGUCGUAGCACCAGCCCCGAGCAUUUUCAAUUUUCCAACCUCCAUAUGAGAGUGCAUAACUCCACCUCCUCCUGAUUUGUAUUGCAUGAACAGCAACACAAACACCGCCACACCUGGAGCCUGUGCAUGACAAGUUCAUGCGCCUGUUGUAGUACUGUUUGGGCUUCCGGAAUCUGUCAUCCAAACAGUGCCACAGGGAAGGACUUGGAUUUGGAGUUUUGGAGAGGGAGUUGUGCACUGUCAUACUCCAGUUCCUAGGAGACGAGGAGAAAUGGCAGAUCGGAUCGCACUUGGGAGACGGAUAUCCACGGCAAAUAUGUCUGGGUCUGGAAACUUGUGAUGCAUGUCAGUGAACCAUAAGGACAGUAUGAUGUGUCGCCAAGCAUGACAGCUUUUGUUUUUUCGUGGCUCUGUGUUGUGUGUCUCGCAUGAGAAACUGCGUUACGCGAGGAGCUCUGCGAGGCCACGCGGCACAGGGCGCAGUAGAGUCAUACCAAAAUAGCAUGGCAAACUACUUCGAAAUCAUCGUCCAGGAGACCCAGAAACGUUUUCAAUUCAUAACGACACGUUUGGCCGAGUGAUCCAGGUGAAGUUCGUGGGGACGGAGGAAGAAGUAUCCUGAGUAAAAACGUACCCACACCAGAGUCAAGAUGGGGAUUUUGCAACACAAACCUAGGAGUUUUGGGAGUCACGCAUGACAAGUUUCAGUCCGUAAGGUAGUGCAAGUUAGCAAGGAAAGCCGCAUCACAAAUCGACCUGCUGAUCCUGUUCACAGCAUCACAAAUUCCAAAACACGAUUGGCAAUGGCUCUCAUGGGGAUGCGCAUCACAAAUGUCUUUGUCAUUGCAAAUCUGCAUUACAACUCUGGGGUGGGUACGUUUUUACUCAGGAUAAGAAGCUGCUGCACGCGGAAUUCUCGAGGUGCAGAACAAAGACUUUGCUGUAUUGCGAGGAAAAAUUCCCCCUCCCCAUAUCAAAACGAAAUUUCUGAUGCUGGAUUUGCGUACACAAAUCAGCCCUGUCUUGCAUUAGAGGACUGCAGGCCCGUAGCAAGCCUGAGCGGAGAGGUUUUAGCCUAGGCGCCCAGCAUGACAAAAGUCUAUGCCGUAGGCCCAAAAGCAUCACAAACCGCUGGCAUAAUGCGGGAAGUCUUCUGGGUUUGCCUCCUUGCAAGACAGAGACGAUUUGUGACCACAAAUAAGCAUCACAAAUUUCCAAAAAUGUACCUUUUCAUUAUGGGGAGGGGGGAUUUUUCCUCACAAUAUGCUGCGAAGGUGAUUAAAUCCAGCGAAAAACCUCGACAAGACGCUGAAGACGAGUACCGAAUUCUGCUGCAAAUUCAGGAACAGGGCAAGGAGUUCAAAGACGGCGUUUGUGCUGGUAAGAAGAGAAUUGUGCAGCUCGUGGAUCAGUUCACGCACGGGCGACAUUUCUAUGGAAUGCAAAAGUCUUGUACUCGUAUAUAGUAUUAAAUGCCUCAACAUGAGAAAGAAAAUUUGUAAACGUAAUGCGGAUUUUUUAUUUUUACCUCAAGAAAAACAUUUGUAAUGCAUGUGCUACGAGUACUAUACUUUUGCAGUUCAUAAUCUCGUCAUGGUCUUCGAAAGCCUCGCAGCCAUAUCCUGUGCAAAAGUAUCGUACUCGUAGUAAUCGCAGUCAUGCAUUACAGAUCUCCCCCCUAACCUAAAUCCUCAUUACAAAUUCCAUUUUUCAUGCUGAGCAAAUUUGUAAUGCGAUUGCUACUAGUACGAUGCUUUUGCAUUUCAUAAGCCAGCCUGUACCACCAUUUGACCGGCAAUCAAUACAGUACUGAGAGGAAAAACCCCCCCGCCUCCCCAUAUUGAAAAAGAAAUUAUUGUGAUGUUAAUUUGUGAUCACAAAUCGGCUUUGUCUUGCAUACAAGGCGAAGGCAAAGGGCCGCAGCCGUGUAGUUCUGGCGCAUUGUUGUACAGCGAAGCUGUCAUGCGUUUUCGCCUAUGUCAGCCUUGCUUCUCAGGCGAAGCUGCUAGCCGGAUGCUUCCCAAAUGGGCUCCGAAUAAGUAUGCCGACAAGCUCUUGCUGCAAUACAAAGUUCAUUUGUGUACACAAAAAAUCCGGUAAAAAGAAAACACAAAUUGUCUUCUGACUAUGGGGUCGUGGGGGCUUUUUUCACUUUGAAAUAGAGACCGAUGUUUUUACAAGACAUCCAGCAGGUUGCGAAGGACACGUUCGAGGGUUUAGCAUUUCUUCACUCUAUCAAAUGCGUGCACACCGACCUCAAGCCGGAGAACAUAUUGUUCCAAUUUCCUGCGACCUACGCGACACGUCCACCGGCAAGGUGCUUCGACGAGGACAAAGCCCGGCAGGUAUCAAAUGCAAAAAUCCCAGGAUGUCUGGAAACUUGUGAUGCUGUGUGGCGUAUCAUGAGGAGGCCACAACUGCUGGCUCAGCAUGACAAGUUUCUGAGCUUUUAGGUGUUGCCUAUUCUGCAUGACAAACUACGUUUCUGCAUGACAGAAAAACGGAGCUCUUGGGUAACGUGCAUGACAGAUUUAAGAGUCAUGCCAGACAAGCAUGACAAACAUGAAUUCUUCCAGACAUCCAGGGAUUUUUACAGUUGAUAGCAGGCUGGGGGGGACGACUACCGACAAUGGACGCAGAACCAGUGUCGCAGUUUUUUAGGCCACGCAGUGGGACCCACCCGGAGGGAGGUAGACGGGGCAAUCAAGCAGGGGCGCUUAUCCUGUGUAAAAACGUCCCCACACCAGAGUCAGGAUGGGGAUGAUGCAACGCAAACCUAGGAGUUUUGUGGGUCACGCAUGACAAGUUGCACUCUUCAGUGUAGUGCAGGUUAGCAAGGGCAGCCGCAUCACAGAUUUAUCUGCUCGUCCUGUUCACAGCAUCACAAAUUCCAAAACACGAUUGGAAAUGGCUCUCAUGGGGAUGCGCGUUACAAGUCUUCCUGUCUUUGCAAAUCUGCAUUACAACUCUGGUGUGGGUACGUUUUUCCUCAGGAUAGUGCUUCCAAGACGGCGAGUACCGGCGUCCGACAGUUGCGAAAAUCAAGAUAAUCGAUUAUCAAAUGUAAAAAUGUCUGGGUCUGGAAGAUUGCAACUUGUCAUGCUAAAUCUGCAGCAUGCAAAAAUCUGUGUUGCAUGAUUACCAAAAGUCGUCCAGUUUUGACCAAGUCGGGAGGUAGUUUCUCAUGCAGGAUAGGCAUGAAAGAGACCUCUCAGACUCUGCCAUGCUAGGCCCCGAAUUCCAGACCUCACGGGUCAUGGAAAACCUGCAUGACAAGUUCACACUCUUCCAGACCCAGACAUUUUUACAAUCCAUAUCGAUUGCGGUGGGGCAAUCUUUCAGGACGAGCACGGACGACCAAACAACGCGGAAAUUUCUACCCCAAGCUACCGCAGCCCCGAAGUGAUGAUUGGAGCCGCGUGGGACGCGCGAGCGGAUGUCUACUCCUUCGGAUGCAUACUAAUGGAGCUAUACCUCGGUGAUAUCUUGAACGUCACUAGCAGUGGAAGCGAGGGUAUCGUACGAAAAAAGUGUUUCACUGUAAGAAUUUUGCAAGUUAUUUUGCAUCACAAGUUUGUCCUACAUGACAGAGAAAAUUUGCCAUGCGAGAUUCCUAAGGGAAAACACAGAUCAAAAUCCAUUGUCUUGCAUGUGUAGCAAGACAAACACUUCUCGGUAGAUGCAUUUUCUGCAUUACAAGUUUACAGUGAAACAGUUUUUUCUUGCGAUAGAGGGCUCCGGUAGCGACCGCAGCCGUGAUUCUGCGCCGAGCAACUACCUAGGGUAUGUGCAGCAGAUGCUGCAGAUGCAGACCAUAGGCGGAUGCUUCAGCGAUGCUUUUUUGCGAACUGGGCGGGAGUCGAAGUUUCGCGGGGCCUUUCGAAGAUGGAAGAAUCCGGUGCAAGGGCUCGACAAGAUGUGGUACUCACGACAGGUCUACGCAUGGAAAGCAUCGAACUGGGUCUGAGAAAAACAUUAUGCAACGUGUCAUGCUGAACUAACAGCUGGAUCGCACAAAUAGAAAUCUGUGUUGCAUAAGCCCGAUAAUUUGCCAUGUGUCAACAUGCGGGUUCGGCAUUAAGAAGCAAGCUUUUACACAAUCUUUGAUGCAUCUGUGCCACGCCGUCUUUGUGCAACUACUUAUUUUGCAGACCCAGAAUACUUAUUUGCAAUGCAUAAGGUGCGGUCUUGUACACCACCAGAGGAGGCCGUAGACAUAUCAAAGUGAAACAAUCCCCCACCCCAUAAUUCAAAAGACAUCAAUUCGUGUUGCUGCAUGACGUACACCUACACAAAUGAACUUUCUAUUGCAGUAAGAGCUUGUCGGCAUACUCUGCCCCUAUUUGGGUACGCAUCCGGCCAGCAGCGGAACAUGCGCAACAAGUCUGAAAUAGGCGAAACAGCAUGACAGACUCGCUGUACAAUGCGCCACACGGGUGCCGUUUCCAUCCUUGUACGCAAGACAGAGCUGAUUUGUGUACGCAAAUCCAGCAGCACAAAUUUCCUUUUCGAUAUUGGGAGGGGGGAUUUUUCCUCGCAAUAAGACACGCUAGCCAACUAUCAAAUGUAAAAAUGUCUGGGUCUGGAAGAAUGCAAGUUUGUCAUGCUAAUUUUGGAUUCUAGAAAAAUCUGUAUUGCAUGACCAGCAAGAGGAGCCCAGUUUCUGCUACGCGGGGAGGCCAUUUGUCAUGCGGAAUAGGCAUCAAGAAGCACUCAGAAAAUCUGUGAUGCCAGGGAAUACAUCACAGACGUCACGGGCCAUGUAAAAUCUGCAUUACAAGUUCGCAUUCUUCCAGACCCAGACAUUUUUACACUUGAUACCAACAUGAUCGCCGGAGGCGAACCAGGUGGCCACGCCGAGUAUCCUGUGCAAAAGUAUCGUACUCGUACUAAUCGCAUUCAUGCAUUACAAAUUUCGUUCUCAGGUUAAAUCCGCAUUACAAAUUUUCUUUCUCAUGCUGAGAAAAUUUGUCAUGCGAUUUAUACUAGUACGAUGCUUUUGCAUUGCAUACCGAGUUCUUCCGGUCAAUUUGCGAAGCGUGUUAUGCAUUGCAAAUAUCGAAGAUCUGGGUCUGGAUCUGUAAUGCACGACUUGAACAAAGGACACUGAGCAGAUCUGUGUCUGUCAUGCAUGGAGACGAUUGGCGGUGGCGAGAUUUUCUGCUAUGCUGCACGGGCGUUUGUCAUGCAAAUAUAGGAAUGAAAGAAUCUUCAUUACACAUCUCGCGAAAUAGAACCCUGUCAUGCCGGAGUGCCGUACAAGCGACGAGUGUGUAUACUUAUGUUGCAAGAUGAGGACUCAGCAACAUAAAUCCAUUUCCAGACCCAGAGAUCUUGGAUUCGAUACCCGCCUAUCAAAUGUAAAAAUAUCUGGGUCUGGAAGAUUGGAACUUGCGAUGCUGCAUUUGGAUUGUAAAAAAAUCUGUAUUGCAUGAGCAGCAAAGGGAAUGCGUUUUUUGCUACGCUGAGAUGGCAUUUGUAAUGCGGAAUAGGCAUCAAGAAGCCCUCAAAAAGUCUGUGAUGCUAGGCCACGCAUCACAGACAUCAAGACUCAUGCAAAACCUGCAUGACAAGUCUAGAAAUCUUUCAGGCCCAGACAUUUUUACAUUUGAUAACGCCUCACCGUGGACCCGGCCACCCGAAUCACGUCGCAGAAGG